CAACCUAAGGGGAAUGAAUGAUGUUGGGGCCCCUUAGGGGCCUCCAAUCUUGGAGUUUGAACUCCCCUUUCUCUGUGGGUCUAAGCUGACUUCCUUCUGCUUUGGAAUUGUGCUAACACUGACCCUUUAGUGAUUUUGCCUUUGUUGUUUUUUGUUUUCCGCUGAUCCUCAUUAGCAGAGGUUUUGCUCUUGCACACUUCAUUGUCCUAGUGACUUCUUAUAGGCCAGUCACUGGUGGGUAAAGGCCAGAGGGACACUGAGGACUCAUCAGGAGGGCUCAGCCUCUUCUCAGAGAGGAAGCCAAGGUGGCCAGAUUACAAUCUGUUUUUUCUGGUAAAUGUCCUGGGUAGGAAAUGUUAUUUGUGAGUUUGAAAUAUCCACCAAGGGCAGAGGGUGCCCCGAAGACAAACAGGAAUCAAGCGGUCAUUUCCUUGGCCCUGAGUGUUGUUCUGCCUCUGUGAUGUCACAGUUGGCCUCCCCUACAACCUAGUCCAGCCUAGCACAGUACAUGACAGUGGUCACUGGGUUUCUCUCUGGGUAGGAUAGCACCUGCACAUCAGGGAAAACAGACGAAGCUCUCACAAGGGCAAUAUCAUCCUUUGGAAUUUGUUCACUUUUAGUUACAUACUGGUCAGGAGCUUUUAAGUGAAUAUGACCAUUUUCCCAGUGAGCAGUGGCAUAAACAUUGAGGACUCUCUUAAAUCAAAAGAUGCAUGAAUGGAUGGAAUCUUUGCUGGGAUAAUAUGCAAACCAGGUAAUAUGUGCUUGACCUGGAUCUCCCAACAGCUGUUUAGUGAAAAAAUAAGUGGUGCUGAAGGAACUAAACUAGACGAUGAAUUUCUUGACAUGGAAAGGAAAAUAGAUGUUACCAAUAAAGCUGUUGCAGAAAUUCUUUCAAAAACCACUGAAUAUCUUCAGCCAAAUCCAGCAUACAGAGCUAAGCUAGGAAUGCUGAACACUGUGUCGAAGAUCCGAGGGCAGGUGAAGACCACGGGAUACCCGCAGACAGAAGGCUUGCUGGGGGACUGUAUGCUGAAAUAUGGGAAGGAGCUCGGGGAAGACUCCACCUUUGGCAAUGCAUUGAUAGAAGUUGGUGAAUCCAUGAAGCUAAUGGCUGAGGUGAAAGACUCUCUUGAUAUUAAUGUAAAGCAAACUUUUAUUGAUCCACUUCAGUUACUACAAGAUAAAGAUUUAAAAGAGAUUGGGCACCACCUGAAAAAGCUGGAAGGCCGCCGCCUGGAUUACGAUUAUAAAAAGAAAAGAGUAGGUAAGAUACCGGACGAAGAAGUCAGACAAGCGGUAGAAAAAUUUGAAGAGUCAAAGGAGUUGGCUGAAAGAAGCAUGUUUAAUUUUUUAGAAAAUGAUGUAGAACAAGUCAGCCAGUUGGCCGUGUUCAUAGAGGCUGCAUUAGACUAUCACAAACAGUCCACAGAGAUUCUGCAGGAGCUGCAGAGCAAGCUACAGAUGCGAAUAUCAGCUGCAUCCAGUGUCCCCAGACGAGAAUACAAGCCAAGGCCCGUGAAAAGGAGUUCUAGUGAGGUCAAUGGUGUCUCCACCACCUCUGUCGCAAAGACGACAGGUUCUAACGUUCCCAUGGACCAGCCUUGCUGUCGUGGUCUCUAUGACUUUGAGCCAGAAAACCAAGGAGAAUUAGGAUUUAAAGAAGGGGACAUCAUUACGUUAACCAAUCAAAUAGAUGAAAACUGGUAUGAAGGAAUGAUACACGGGGAAUCCGGAUUCUUCCCCAUUAAUUAUGUUGAAGUGAUCGUGCCUUUACCUCAGUAAUUGUGUAACACAAACUGGACAUAACUUUCGUAACUGAAAUGAAUUCACACCAAUGUGCUCUCAGUGUGGUGUUCUGUGACAUCCUUUGCUCGCUGACCAACUUAAUGACUUUUUUACUUGUGUUCUCUUUAUAAUGUAUUUUGUAUCAAUUUAAUUUGUAUAAAUGAUUUUCUUGUCCUUGGUACAUGAAAAUAUUUUCUUUUUUGCUUCUUGUCCUAAAAGUCAUUGGUUAAACGUAUGUGCUUCCUGUUGCUAAAAAUAAGUCUCACCCAUUGCAGUUAUGUCAGAAAAUGGCCUAUAUUUCUCAACUGCAAUGAAAUGAACAUUUGAAACUAAGAAAUGCUAAAUAUUUUGUUUCUUGACAUUCCUGAUGAUGUCUGGUCUUUUCUCUUCUUUGUAUUUUCAGCUUACCUGUGAAUAGCCCAAUAAACAUGACACACUGUGUUGGCAGAAGGCCUUGGUUAUUUUUAA